GACAUUCCUUCGCUGUCAGUUAGUGUGUGGUGACAGACAAGCAUCGGUGACCCUCAAUCCAGCUCCAAGUCUGAACUAUGGAAGAGAUUAAUAAUAUUGAAGUUGUUCCGUGCACGGAGUCUGACUACCUGAAACCGUUCAGGGUUCACUAUAAUCAGAAUGGCACAAAGAAAUCGUGGGACUUCAUGCGAACCCAUGACAGUGUGUCAGUGCUGAUCUUUAACACCACCUCACACUGUUUCAUCCUCGUAAAGCAGUUCCGCCCAGCUGUAUACAUGUGUGAGUGGGAAAAGACCAAGACGCAGCCACCUCAGUCUGCUGACAAAACCGAGGAGGGCGCCUCCGAAGCUGCAGCUACUGAGUCUCAGGAGGGCAAGUCGGCCUCAGAGAGAGAGAGCUCUUCUCAGUGGCCCCCAGCCUCAGCGGGGGUCACCUACGAGCUUUGUGCCGGCCUGGUGGACAAACCUGACCUCUCCCUUGAGGAGAUUGCCAGGCAGGAGGUAUUGGAGGAGUGUGGCUACGAUGUGCCUGCUUCCAAGCUGAAGAGGAUUACCUCUUACAGGUCAGGUGUAGGUGUUACAGGUGCCAGGCAGACCAUGUUUUAUGCCGAGGUGUCUGAUGACAACUGCGUCAGCGCAGGUGGAGGUGAGCCGCGGGAGGGAGAGCUUAUCGAGGUGGUCAAAGUCCCGCUGCAUGAGGCCAUGACGUUUGCCUACGACGAGCGUAUACCCAAAACCAUGGGCGUCAUUUUUAGUUUCAUCUGGUUCCAUAAUAACAUGUCUCCCAAGUACAAGAUCUCUACCAAUGUGUAACUAAUAUUAACUUACCCUUCUUUCUGCCAUUUAUUCCAGUUUAAAUCAAACACUGGCCCAGCAUAUCCACUCUUUCCCUUAUGGCUUUUCAUCCUGUAUUGCCUUUUUGGUUAUUGGUACAUGAUGAAGGGUGGGCACUUUGUAUUGCUGCCAUCUUAAGUUUUGUUCUGUUCCCUUUUUUAUGUGGUCUUAAUAUUUUUCCUAAAAGCAAAUUUGCCAUAGCUGGUUGUCACUGGCACUUUCUCUCUUCUUGAUUUUUUUUUUUUUUUUUUUUUACAUGCUAUUCAUUUGUUUUACUGUGCCAUCUGUUACAAAUGACUGCAUAUCACUGAUUUCAUUAGCCUGCCCUUAAUUAAAGGAAUGCUCCACUGCUUUUAAUGUGGAUCUUGAAUGUUAUCUAUGUGACAUUGACUACCUUCAAGAUACAAUAUUGGCCAAGAAAAAGCCAUUUAUCAUUCUUCAAACUCCUCUCCAUUAUUCCUACAACACUGAGAAUUCAAACUCUCCAUUUUUGAGGUAAAAGUUUCUGACUUGUAAAUAACAUUUACUUCAACCUUAAUUACAACUCAGAAUUGGAUAUUUUUUUUGAAGCUCGAAUUUAUUGGAGUUAUCACUUAAUAAAGCUAUCAUGUUAUGAUAGUCUAAUUAUGAGGAAGUGCCUAAACCUACAAAUAUGGAGACUCCAUGUCAGCCAAAGACUAAUGUUUAAUAAAAUUAAACCCAGUUUUAAAAGAUAUGAUGUUAUAUGCACAGUAUUACCAUUUUCACAGGGUCAACUCUACUCGUUAGCCAUCCGGAGAAUGUGAACUCUUGGAAGUCGUAAGAUAGGACUCUUUCUCAUCUCUACCUUCUGUCCUACUUAUGAUGAAUGCGGCAUGAAGGCAUGAUGUUAACCAGCAAUGUAUCUCUUUUUAGUCUCAGUUUGCUGACAUUUAACAUGCUGAUAUUUCUACUGGAGUCAUUCAUGUAAACAUUUCUACUUGCCUGACAAAAUGUGCUAAAAUUAAAGUAAAAAACAGUGGAGUAUUCCUUUAAUUCAUGAUCCAGUAAUGCAAAAACUAUGCUAGUCUUGUGGGGCCUUGUAACAGUCGAGGUGUUCAGGCAUGCCUCAUUAGGUUCUCUGAUCCACAGCCUUGAAGCAAUACUUAUCAUAUUACCCCAAGCUUAACAGUCACUCUAUAUCACUGAAAUCAACUCUCACUCUGUUUGAAGUUAUUUAUAAAGCCUAAACAGUCAACAUAUUCGCUAACUGAAUUCACUACUCAUGAAAAGCAUAUACCUACCUCUGCACCGAGGGCCUAAUUUCUGUUUUCAGUGUAUCAUCAUACCGAAGCACAAUCCUGAUUAAAAGCAUACUCUGUUAGUCUAAGAUACUUUAAUUCACUUCUAAGGACAUCUUCACGUAUGGUUAGGGGUGUAAAAAGCUGCACUGUUUUGCUAUUUGUUUUCCAAGCCUGACAUGAAAGAGAGGGUUUUUUUUAUUUGUUUUUCAAAGUUUUGAAAGAAUCGAAAAAAUAUAUUCCAAAGAAGAAGGCAACUGGACUUUUCUUGAUGUUUAGUCUCUCUUUCAAAUGAUUUUCUCAGUUACAGCUGACUGGUAUUUAUUCUCACCGCCAAAUCACACGAUUCAUUACCUAUUAGGAACCGAAGACUCACUUGACUCAAGGUGUAAAUGGUUGUGAAACCACCAGGUGAGGGAUGAGUCAAAGUGUUAAUGGUGGGGAAAUUGUCUUGGGGAGGUAUCUCAGGACAGUGCUAUAAGUACCUGAUACGUGGAGGCAUUGUUCACCUCCUCUAUUUAGAGGUGGUUGCAGUCCAAUGCAAUGAGAAGUGCACAGACCUUUAUAUAGAUCAGACUAAACAACUGCUCCAAAAGCACAAUAUUAAAGAGCUAUCUCCUCAGGACGUACCUCAGAAAAACACAUACUAUCAGCGGUACAACAGCACCUACAAAGGAAAAGAUACUUCUUUAAGGACAGUUAUUCACAUUCUAGACAGAGGACUUAAGGAAGCCAUUUAUGUUGAACUGGUAUGUCUUAAAGAGCCAAAAAGAAGCCCAUUUGCCUUCUACCAUCCAGUUUUAUUACCGUGACCUGGAUGACUGAAAGUCUACUCAAACAAAUUCAGAGGAUACUGGUACAAAGGCAAAGUCUUCACAUGCUGUACCUUGAAGUUCUAUGUUGAACACAUGAAUCAGGGUUCAGGAGCAUGUCUAGAAGGACCUAUCCCAUCGGAAGUAUUGCUGUUGAUCAAAUAAUUUGCAAGUUCCCAUGUAGAAAACCUUAGAGGAUCAUUAACUCACCAACCUGAUCUCAUAAAGUGAAUCAUAACAGCCGUUUGCCAAACUGUCAGGUCCUAAAACUGUGGCCAUGCUCAGAGUGAAUCUCUGGAUGUGGCAAUGACCAGCAUGUUAUGAUACUAUUGCAUUCAAAAUCACUUGCAGCUUAAGUAACUACAGACAACAAAGUUGUUACUAUUCCUAUUAUAUGUUACUAUUUUCUUUUUUCUAAAAGGGCUUGUACUUCAUUUAUUAUUUGACGUGGAAGAUAAGAAAUCCCCACCCUGUAGUCUUUUUAAAAAUAUGCAAGAACAGAAGCAAGUCCAAUAAUAGUUAGAGAAAAUUAAUGCUCACUUAGAACAGAUUACACAUUAUUUUAACAUUAUUUCAACUUGCCAACAGGAGAACUACACUGGCAGGUUUUGCCGUAGCCAGUGAUUUCAUGUUCAGAUCUCCUGAGAGUUUGAAAGCUUGGAAAUGCAGUGUUUUACAAAAUUGGCGUGAUUAAACUUUAGCUGUUCAGUUGUUAUUAAAUGACCUGCCUGCUUAGUGUUGGCGCUUUGUUGAACACAAUAAUAUUACAAAAUACUGUUGUACUUUAGAUAUGUUAUUUUUUGUAUGAUUUAUUGUGUGAUGUUAUUAACACUUUAACCCUCUGAACCCCAAAACCUGCUGGCAGAUUUUCAAACUCAUUUUAUCUUAAAAAAAAAACAUUUAUAGGAGCCAGAAAAUGUAAGAAAAAUAAUCACUAGAUUUUAAACCUUUAAUGGUCAUUGAUAAAUCAUGUGGGGUGUGUUUUUCUGUCUACAAAUUACUAAUUUGAAGUUCAAAACUCAUUCAAUUCUGCGAUAUGUUAUCCAAAACACUUCUACAUUUCCUUUUUACAAAAUCACUAAAAAUAGACAUUUUACACAGGAUCCUGUUUCAAACUAAAACAGCCUCUAAAGUUGUCCAUAAAGUAAGAGACAAAACUGAGAAGUCAUUAGUGCCUCAGUUAUGACCAACAGUCAUGUGGCCAAAGUUGAGGUGUGUUUUUUCUGAGCUGUUGCUGUGUUUACACAGAGCAGGCAGAGCAUUGAAACAAAUGAAACCUCUAAAUAGUAAAAUAUCUAUAGGAUGUGAAGUCUAAUUUCUUUAUGUGCUUGAAAAGUUGUUGUACAUAUUUCCAUUCUCUUACCAGUUUUUGUUAAUUAUAUAAUAAAAUCCUUUUUUUUUUUUUUACAACUCCUCACAUUUUAUUCAUUCAAACAUCAUUUUUGAGUUGAAUUGAGUUGACUCUACUUCUAGCUAUGAUUUUUCCAUUUACAUAAAAGUGUAGAACUUUUUAGUGCUGUGAAAUAUCAGUAGAACAACUGUGUCAGAAGCAGAAAACACCUAGAAACUUAUUGGGGUUCAGAGGGUUAAAUAUACAGAGGUGGUGGUAAAGUAAAAUUGUCUUAUUUAACAAAAACAAAUUCUAGUGCUCCAUGAAACAACCUGCAAUUAUUGUGCACUCAGUUGCAACUUUAUUUAUGACACCAAACACUAAAUCAGUCUAAUACAACAGCCUUCUGUUGAGUUGUAAUGUAUUAUACACAAACAUUUCUGUUCUCUUGCCUUUCUUCAGUGAUGUAAAUGAGAUGGACAUAAUAAUAGACAGGCAGCACCACAGGCUACAUUCUCCAAAAUGACCAUAUGGCUGAAUUCACACCUCUGUACAGAAACAGACCUUCAUUAAAAGAGUCAAUUGCAGGACUGUUAUAUUAGACUGUAUUAGUCAGCUACCAACUUAAUGUGUGUUUGUACACUCUGCUGAGCGGGUAACCUUCUCUGGUGUAAAAAUGAGGAAACACUCUAGGCUAAUAUGAGGGCAUCCGUCUAGGAUUAAUUUUGUUCUUGUAUGCUUUUUGAGCAUUAAGAACAGCUGACAAUCAAAUAUCAACAUUUGUUUUGUUCCCCCCCAUAAAACUCUGUGUUUGUGUUCAUUUUCUUUCAUUAGUUGUACGUUGUUGCCCCUCACAGCAGUUCUCUUAAUAGAGGACCAACAUCAUUUUCCAGUCUUUCAGAAUGGUUAUCUGGUGCCACCUCAAGUCUUAUAAUCUGCAUUAAUAAGUAAAAUCAAAAUGUUUUUUGAAUAACAUAAACUAUAUAUGUUCAGUUUCACACAGAGUCAAAUAUUAGAUGUGAAAUUUUCAACCCACACUGCGUAAGACUAUAUGCAUAACUGUUAAGCCAUACGUAUCUCUCCCCUUACUGGGCUUCUGUGUCCGUCAGUCAAUCAAAGACCAUUCCUCCAAGUAGGAUUGUACAGUUUGCUGGAACUGCUUGACAUAGUUUUCAUUUAUAUAUUUCUUUGGAAAACAAAAGAUGACAUUCUUUUGCUAAACUGACGAAUAGUUUCUUUAUGUGGGUUAAAAAAGUUUGAGCUAAUAAUGUGAUGCUUGCAAAUACAUUUUCAGUUUUAUUGUUGAGACAGCCUCUGUAAACCUGUACAAUAAAUCUGCAUAACAAAUCCAGUUUGUGUAUCAGUAGAAAAAGAAAUUUGUAGAGAAAGAAAUUGUUUUUGUAACCAUCUUUAUAUAGAAACAAAGCGAAGAUCUUGUGUCGACACCUUUCUUAAAAAUCUGCUGCAUCUUUCAGCGUCUUCAGUGGAGAUGAAAGUGAUGGAACCAUCUGCCUUCUGGUUGGACAGUUUGACCCUGCCUUGUGACAGUUGUAUCAGAUUCAAGUGUAAAGACAGUCAAAAUUACACUUGAAGCAUCAAUACAGUGUGGGAGGUUGGUGCGCUCAGUUUUGCACUAUUUAAUUUCUUCUUCUUCUUUUUUUUCACAAAUACUCAUCUUUUUUUUUUAUAGAUGCACAAAGGUGAUUUUUUUGUUGCAAAAUUAUUUUACAGGUGUACAGAAUCUGAUUUACAACUAUAAACUGGAAUUAUCUGACUGUCACUUUACAUACUCCAAAUCUUAUGGGCCAAAAUUUUGAACUCAUAUUCUCAGGAUUAACGGAGCACCCAAACCUAACCAUGAGACCAGAUCCCCUUAAAUGCUAAAUUAGGAUGCACAAUUUCAAGUUUGUACUGUUCAAAUGACGUGACAAUGAUUUGAUAAUGAAGGAAUCUGCAUUAAUAAUGUCAGGCUGCUUUGGAAAAAUGUGGAAUGCACCUUUGGAAAAUCACGAGUUGACUUGUUAGUGUUAUAUGUUAGGAUGCACAUGGUAACACUAACAGGGCUCUUGUACAAUAUUUCUCAGACAAUAUUUCUCACUUUAAUUACAUUUUACAAUGUGAUAACCCACAUCUGUAAUAAUCAUUAAAUGUUUGUUUCUGCUUUCAGGGUAAUGUAUUUGACACCUUAUUCUCAUCAGCUCAUUCACAUCAGUUCAAUACCUGCCCCUUUUUUCCUCCACCUUCUUCUAUAUGAAACAUAUCUUUGUUAGAGUCUCAGUUUAAUAAGGUCUAAGUGGAUCUCAAUACUUGUUGGGAGUAGUUUAAUGGUGAACCUCACUGAAAGAUUUCCAAUGGUGCUCACAGAUUUCCAUUGUCUUGUUUUUGUCUAGUAUUGUGGAAAAUAAUAGAAGUAGUCACUAUUUGUCUUGGAGAGACUCAAGAGAAAAUGAUUUGUUUAACACAUUUUAAAAGGGUUAGCCAUCAGUAUUCCAGAGUAGAAGGAAUAUAUUCUAAAUAAAUAUCUGUUUCCUUCUGAUAUGGCUUGAUGUAAAAUGUGACUAACAAAAGCCAUUUUAACUUUUAAGGCCAGUCUGUAACUUUAUGUGCCUGUCAAAUGUGAAGAACUGCAAUGUGACUGGGAUAUUAAAAUACUUAUUUUUAUUUUUGAGCUAAAACAUAUUUCUCCAUACCUUCCUCCAACUGUUGUCCAGAGAUCAUGAGUAUUUAGUGAACAUUAAUAAAGACACAUAGUAGCACCGUAAUUGACUGGCACAAUGACAAUUAAAUGUCAUCCAUCUAAUUCAGUGUCUAACGUCCAGUGAUGCUGAAACUGAGACUCAAUUGUUGUAGAGAAUUCACUUAUGAAAGAAAUAAGCAGCAUGGCAGCACUUCAGGCUCAGCUGGUUCAGCCACUUAUUCUAUAUAGUCAGUUUGGCACAUGAAGGAAGUUUAAAGUUAUGUUUGACCUGUAUGUAAGUAUUUUAGUUAUGUUUAGCCAGUAAAGUCAAAACACAAGUUAAUCACUAAUAUCAGACCAGCAGUUUGCUUUGAGCCCAGCUAAUUUAUUGUUUUUAAAAGCUACUGAAGUGUGUCCAGCUGUGUUUUUAGGGUCUUAUGUUGUUUCAGAUAUCUGCUUUUCUGUGUUAAAUACAAAAAUUCUGAGCAGUAACACUGGUUACUACUGUUGUUCUUGGAGAACUUAAAACAAAAGUUUGACAUUUUUGGGAUUGUGCUUGUUCACCUUUUUGCCAAGAGUUACCGUAUGAUAUGGGUUUCACGUCUGAACAGUAAAUAUGAAGCUACAGCGAGCAGCUGGCUAAUUUAGCUGAAUUUCAACUCUGGAAACAGAGAAACAGCUCGCCUAACUCUGUGAAAAGAGACCAAACUCUGCGUACCAGCAUCUGUAACGCACAAAGAAUGUACCCUGAAACGUAUUUAGAGCCCUCAGGUCUAUUUUUCUCCAUUUAACUUGUAUAUACACUACUGUUCAAAAGUUUGGGGUUACUUAGAAAUGUCCUUAUUGUUGAAAGAAAAGCAUUUAUUUAUUUAUUUAUUUUAAAUGAAGGUGACAUUAAAUUAAUCAGAAAUACAGUCUAGACAUUGUUAAUGUGGUAAAUGACUAUUUUAGCUGGAAACGGCUGAUUAUUGUCUGGGUGACCCCAAACUUUUGAACAGUACUAUAUGUACAUACAGUCAUUGUGUAUUAAGUUCUGAGCUCCUCCAUUCUUAAUAGUGUACCGUACAGAAAAGGAUGGAGGUCACUGUAAAAAAAAAAAUAUUUGAACUCUGACUCUCUUUCUCCAACUUUUCUCAAAAAUGCUGGGUUUAAGGUCAGAAUGCUGCCCUCAUCCUUCUUUUCUGUAUGCUGCUUGCACUAGUCCCUCUGUGUAGACAGAUGUUAGCUCUGACUGGCUGAUAAUUGCUGGCUGCACCCUCAUAUUUGCUGUGCAAACAUCUGAAUAGUUAUCCAUUAUCACAUCUAAUUCUUGACAAGAAAACAUGUUUUAACUGUCCCUUUAAGUCUGCUACAAGUUUAACCUUCUCCUAUACGACAACAGUAACUGCACUUUUGACAGUUCAGAGUGAGGUUGCAGACUGUGUCACAGUUAAGCCAUAUGCUACUUCUGAUAAAUAUACAGUAAAACUAAUUUUUGAGGUAAGUAAAAGGUAUUCUUACCUAUGCUGGAUUUUAACCAUUAUCCCAGCAUUUCUACCUCCAUCACUCAGACACACAGCAAAGAUAUUUUGUGUCUGUUUGUGUGCCUCUAAGGCACUGACAUAUCAAAUUCUCAGAAACACAUCAAAAUUGUCAACACUCAGCGACUCUCUGUGACAGAAUUCUUAAUUCACCAGAAUUUUCUAGAUGUACCCCCAUGGCUAUGCUGUACUUGCUUCUUCAACUGUGAUUGUUUUUUUUCUUUCUUUUUUAAUACUUUGUGCACAGUUUGACAAUUUCUUACUGUAUUUUCAGUGAUCUGAACCACAGUUUAAAGUGAAAAUUAUUUUAAAGGUGCUAUGUGUAGUAUUCUCCAAUUGAAAAGGGUGUAAUUCUGUUAAAUUAUUACUUGGACAUGGAUAUUAGAGCUCAGACAAUACCUCUGGUUACCAGAAGAAUAUUCCAUUGUUUGAUUAAACAUACAGUGAUUCUUGUUUUGAAUCCUGGAACAGGCACUUUUGAUUUUGGUUGAGUCUGUGAGUCGGUCACUUUUUCUUCCGAAAAGCAGACUGGUAGCUGAAUAUUGAGAAGCAACAGGGGAAGAAUAAUCAACUUUGCUGCUAUAAAGCAGCUCAUAGUGACUAUAUGUUGUAGCACAUGUUAUUCUACUUGGUAGUGUAAUGUUUAGUGAAAAUCCUACACAUAAUACCUUUAAGUGAAAGAAGAAUUUACAUUUUUUCCUUAUGGUAAAGAUAUAUGAUUUUUUUUUUUUUUUUUUUAAUUUCCUGGUGUCUCACGCAAAAUUUGUGUUUUUAAAUAAUAUUUUCAGAAAAAAAAUAUAAAUAUAAACAUUGCAGAUUCUGAAUUUAUCAUGUAUUUUAUGCUUUAUUCAAAGUGUAUACUCAUUGUGGGAAGUGUUUUUAGUAAUGUUCCGUUGAGGUUAAUUUAUUACCUACAUGCUGAAAUAUUUAACUUUCAAAACAUGACACUUGGUACAAACAUACAGUAUAUAUUUAAAUAUGAUACUUUGCAUGUGCACUAACUGUGUUGGAUUAAACUGCAUUGAGUUAAAAUAAAAUGGGCUUAAUGCCCAAAAUGUC